AUGGGCGAUCUCUUAAUGAUGGAGAAAUUACUACAGGCUUUUCUCGAGUCUGAGCAAAGAGGCAUGGCCAGUCAGAACCCUUUAUUUUGCCGAGUCAGAUCCCAUGCGACAAGUCCAACAACACAACAAAAACUUGCGACGCUGGGAUUCAAACAAAUAUCCUUCCUCCUUAUGUGUUGGCUAGUGGGGAAAAUACUACUGGCUGUUUUGACAUUCACACACCUAGUAAACCGGUGGAAGACUACUUUAUUGCUUCUCAUGACGCCUUACAGCAUCUUGUGGCCACUCUGGCUCGUUACGACGGGAAUUGUCCACUAUGUGGCUUUACUUUAGAUAUGCAAUUAUUUACCGUCAAACAGCACGGACAUGCGGCACGAAUAAGCAUCUCCUGCGUCGCUGGUCUUCGUGUUCGAUGGUAUUCGAGCAGCACUGUUGCUGGAAAAUUUACAGCUAAUCUAAGGUCCUGUAGUUAUAUUUUGUUCCCUUUUUUGCAUUUCAUGUUAUUUUAGAAUAUUGCAAAUACUCACUCGAGUUUUCCUUGCUUAUUUAGAAUGGUUCAUGGUUUUACUUGUUCUGGUCUAACAGAAACCCAGUACAUAAAUUCCUGUAAGCUAAGGCGUCUCGCAUUGGCUAUGUGGAACAGAAAUAUAUAUCCACUGGUAAUAUAAUUCCUGGUUGUUCAGUCUAAAGACAAUUUGCUGCAUUAGUUUGAGUUGAUAUUAUAAACAACCUGCGUAGCCAAAUGUCAUUUGUAGUUAUUUCGAAAGUAAAAAAAAAAAAAAGAAGAAGAAAAGUAAAACUACCUGAUAGAGAGAAAAAUAACUACAACAAAUGUGAAAUCUUUUCUUAUAUUGUUUUGAUUGUGCCUUAUGUCGUACCAGUAUUUUCUAUUUCUUUCUAAUAGAUUUUAUUUCUCUUUUUUGUGCCUCCAGCUUCUUUCGAGUUUGUAUUGACUGGAAAGCAAAUUGAAACAUUUUAUCACAAUUAUACUAACCUUUUUUUAUUAUUUGAUUUGUCAUAGUACAUUCUUCAUUGGGGUACAAGAAUGCAGUAA